UAGUACAGCUAGCUUAAACUCGUCGCGCCGUCCUAUUUUUCUUUGAUGUUUAGUUAUGAAUUCUUUUUACAUGGGAUACUCAGUUUAAAAGAACUGGUGACAUAAAUGUGCAGUUUUAACACGGGGAUUUGGUUUAGGUGGCUAACCAUCGACGUUUAAUUGGAACUAAUUGAUGGUUCAUGUAUACAGUCUCUGGUUCAGUUUAUUAAAUUUCGGACGCUUCGUUAGACCGGUUUUAGAACACGAGGUGUACAGGUCUUUGGUUCAGUUUAAUAACUCGUGACAAUGACAACGCAAGUGCCACAGUUGCAAGAAUGUCCAGUUGAUUUAGCUCCGGCAACACAGUCUACCAGAUUAAAUCCAGUUAUUGAAAAAUAUGAGUUGGCACUUUUGAUGUUGCUAGGAUUUGCUGGAUUUUCAAUGCUCAUUGGCAUUGCAUACAAUAAUAUAAGACGAUAUGUUUUCAAAGAUUUCCAUAGCCUUGACGUCAUAUUUGACGCUGGUGGGCGUGUUAGUGUAAGUCUCACGGCAGUAACUGUGACGUCACAGCUUAUAUGGCCUGCAGAUUUCCUUCAAAGUCCAACAAUAGCAAGCAAGGUUGGCAUAUCAGGGUCGUUAUUUUACACGCUAGCAAUAGUACUAUCAGUGCUCAUAUUUGCCGUGCUGUGUAUACAGCUCAAAACACGUGCACCAGGAGCAAAAACAUUUCCACAGAUUGCGUACGUACGCUUUGGUAAAAAUACGCACAUUUUGUUCUGUGUUGUUGCGCUUUUUACCAAUAUGGUGAUCACAGCAAAUUUAAUCCUGGCAGGUAAAGCAGCAGUUGAAGUUUUAAGCAAAGAUGCCUCAAAUGAAUUUACUCUGAUGAUACUAGCGGUGUUAUUUGGAUCAUAUUGUCUUAUUGGCGGCCUUGGAACUACAUUCUACAUUUCUUACUUCAACACCGCCCUUAUUUUCAUAACGACAUCGUUGUUUAUCCUGAAGAUCACAUACCUUGCGGAACCGGAGGUAGAGGCUGUGACGUCACACAAAUCACUUUAUGACGCCAUGUCAUGUUUGAAAGGACCGGAUGGAAAUAAGGAUAACUCUUUUCUUACUUUCCGUAGCGAAUCUGGUAUUAUUUAUAGAGUCGUGACUUUAUUUAUGACAAUUGCAGUUGUCUUCUGUGAUCAAGCCAACUGGCAGAGUCGAAUUGCCGCAAAACCACGCGAGGGCAUGUUGGGAUUUCUUAUCGCAGCGUUCCUCUGGUACGCCAUCCCGACGUCAGUUUCCUUUGUGACGUCAAUGACAUAUAAAACAAUGAGCUUCCAGAACGGAACCAAUCUUCUUACUGCUGAAGAAAUAGACGAAGGCUAUAUUACUCCAUAUGUGGUACAGACGUUGUUAGGCAAGGAGGGAUGUUUUGUGCUACUUACCUUAAUGACAAUGACAUUGAUGUCUACGGGUUCUGGAGAAGUUAUGUCAGUGUCUUCAGUUUUGGUUUACGAUAUCAUCAAGACGCACAUUACUCCAUUUAGACCCGGUACUGAACCAACAGAUUGCGUUUUAUGUGGCAAUUCUAAGAUCCCUAUAUCAAAAGACAACGUUCCCAGAGAGCUUUGUGACUGUCCGUCAGUAGUUGAUUGUAAGCUGUGUGAUGAUGAUAUUAAAGACCGUCUUAGUGGAAAAGCCAAACCAGGAUUUCAGUACAAAUGCCCUGUUCACGGACAAUACCGGCACUACGAAGAUCAGCUGAUGCAGUAUAAAUCCUGGUGUAUGAUCUGGGUGGUCAUUGCCAUCAUUCCAUUUGGACUUCUGAUCAUAGGGUCGGGGAUGAAUCUCAACUGGGCUUUCUUGGCCUCCCAAGUUUUCAUUGCUCCGUUUAUUUUGCCUCUGUAUUUUACUAUUGGAUGGGCAGGAGUGACAUCAAAGGGUCUGAUUUCAGGUGGAAUUAUUGGCCUUUUAUGUUCGGUAUCGGGUAUGCUGGGAUACGGUUCUACAUAUGAUGGAGGAUUAUCAGACUUUUAUACUAACACCGCUCAAGACUAUAGUCUAUUGAUGGGACUAAUUUCAGGAGUUGUUGUCAGUGCAGUUAUUACUGUGGUUGUAUCACUUUGUGACAGAAAAUCAAAGAAAAAGGUGGCAUUCAACAAACAGUUUCCUAUAGGAAAUCCAGAGCAUGGCACGGAUAAAAUAAUGGAGGAAAAACUAGGAUUUCUAGAAAUUGAGUGGCUUAAAACAAUGAGUAUUGAUAAUCCAUUGAACCCAUACAGAACUAUUUACAGGAAAGAACUUAAAGAAAUAAAUGCUGACAGGAUACUCACAAUACAUCAUAUGGAAGCAAUAUUCAGGAAAACCAGAUUGUUGUCAAUAACAGGAGUAGUGGUUAGCUUCGUGGUUUUUCUUGUCGUGGUUCCAGGCGUCGCUCUUGGCCAGGAGGUUCUAACUGAAAUACAGUUGGGAACCUGGAUAUCGGUUUGUCAGCACUGGUGCCUAAUUGCUACAGUGUUUGUUGUGAUAAUACCGCCUCUACAGGAGGGUAUACAAAUCUGGAGACAGUACAAGAAAAACAAGAAAUUCGUACAAGAGCAUACUGACGAUGUUUCAAUGCAAGUUGUUUCCAAGUAGCACUGACGAUAUUUAAGUCAGAAAGUAAUCUGUUACAGUGUGACGACAUGUUAAAGGCGCAAGGACCUCCUUGCAAAAUGUAUAUUAAGGAAGCAUAUACCCUUCAGUGCUUUUUAUUCGGUAUAUUUACAAGGGUGUGUUUUCUUUUUAAUGUUUAGAAAAAAUAUUAACCUAUACAUUUUUGAAAGUUUGUUUAAUCUCUUAACUAAACGUAGAGUGUAUGCCGUCAAGAAGGUCAGGUCAUUCAAAAAAAUUAAAUACAUGUCUUAGCAGUCAUUAAUAUUUGUGUACAAAGGCUUAUGAUUAAUGGUGACCCCCUGUACCCAAAAGUAUUACUGAAUGCUAUACAAUUUUUUCCUGGUUAAGGGAACCGUAAUGUAUCCCAGAAUGUUUACAUAUUUCUUUGAAUGAAUUGUAUGCCCUUGCGUAUUAAAUGACAAAUAUAUCGCGAUAUGUUGAACUUCCACUUUUUGGGCUAGAUCACAGGUCGACAAGUUAAAAUUUAACACGAAAAUUUCGAGUCAAAGACUUCAACUUUUCUUCUUUUCGCGGUGAUUUGCAAGCGCAAAAAGUAGAAAUUAAGGGCUUAAUUUCAAGAUUUUGCGGUCCAAUUCAGUCGACAAUUUGAUGGCGAAAACAGGAUUCCGUAGUAAGGGGUAAUAAAAUGAAAAGAAUUAUUUUCCUAAUGUAUAGAAGAACAACAAGUGCAAUGCAGUAAAACUUUAUGGUAUAGGGGAUUACGCCUAUCGAUAUCCCCGUUUUGGUAUUAAAGAUAAUAGGUAAAGGUUGAUUUCUCGGAACAUUUCUUUCUUUCCUUUUAAUGAUCUAUAUUUCUAGUUGCAAGAUACAAUGUACAGGGUCCAUUUGUUUUAUUUCUUUGCGGUGUUUAUGAUUUUUCCAAGAUUGUUCCAAGAACGCAGCCGUCCCCAGCGAAACCCUACACAGUGUAUGUUUGAAUGAGUAAAUGAUUUGCCUUUGCACAAAAAUACAAAUACAUGUGUAUACAAAACGUCAAAGUAAAACAAUUGGACAAUAAGGACAAACUAAACAAAUAACUACACAUUUGGGCACCGCCUUUUUGGAAUUGUCAGCGGCAAAACACCACUUGCGAGAUUAAACCAACUUAUGUGGUGUGGACCACAACUCACCCUUAAAUAAAAAAAACCUUAUCAGAAUUCUUAAAAAUAUUACACAAUAUCGGGGUCACGAUAUCAAAGUCUUUUCUAUUUUUAGCUUUGUUGGAUGACAUAUCGUAACAUGCAAAACUUUGUUUUGGAUUUGGUUUUCUUGUAAUCUUAAACUACGUUGAGGUUUUUUUUCAUCAAGGUUUAGUACCCGGUUAGGCCCGUUUCAUAGUUAACUGGCCUAAUUUAUCGGACUGAAAAAAAUGCUCCGAACUUCUGUCAUCAGUAAGCAAUUCAGAAACUUUUCUAAUAUGACAGUAUUAUUUUUGAAGGAGCUUCCAGUAGUGUUUAUGCCUUUGACGUUUUUUUUUCUACAUUUUUAAAAUGGUCUCUCACACAAAGGCGUAGUUUGGAGUGCGAAGACUGUUAGUUUAGGAACUUGCCUCCAGAUAUAAUUUUCAAUAUGAGCGUUAAUAAUUUUAUCAAUAUCACCUAGAUAUACCAGUCAAGUUUCAUCUGCUUCCGAACUAAUUUUUAAUGCAAUAAAUGUAUUUUCUACCUUUUAUCUAUU